CAAAAAUCGGCAUCCAUUUUCAGCUUAUUUGAAGCAGGGAGGCAAAACGCUGCCAGCACGCCCAAACCAUGGUAAUGAUAAGCUCUCCGAAAACAUUUAAUGCCCAGCUGAGACCACGACGGCCAGCGGGUGAUAUUACCAUCUGCGGAUAGGGGAAGAGGGUUGAAAGCCUAAAGAUUUCGCGCGGGGAUUUCGACUUUGUGAGCUGAUUGCCGGUGAUUGGGUCCUAGACGGGGCCUAAUUUUGGUAGUCGAUGUCAGCGGGAGCGGGUUAAAUAUAGGCUUGUGAUAGUCCAGCGGGGAUCCUUGUUCCGCUCCCUAUCAUAUGUAGUUAUGGCUGACCACUUUGCCGCUGGGCUUCUUUUCAAGACAGAGAAGAAGCUACGCCGGCGCCGGUCUAUUCCCUAUAUCAACUUUGCUUAAUUGAGGGAAUAUUGACGGGUAAUAGGAAGAAGUUGACAUACAAGAAGAAGACGCGUCGAACAUACCAGCUCGGACCUGCACGUCUAUCUGUGAACCGGGACGGAUGAAAGCAGACCUGCGCGAGAUUUUCUGCGUCAAAACAAGAAAUAACACCACUGAAACCAGAAUGAUAAUGCUUAGUUGAAGCCGCCGGAUAUGAUGACCCUAUUGCGCUCUGCUUUCGCAACGGUUUCGGGCGAUAUUUUACGCUGGAAUCAUAAUAAGCAGCCCCAUUCUGCGCUUACUAUGCGUACUAAUCGAUCUAUUUUUGUUGCUGCGGCUGUUGACUGCCAUGCCGCUAUUGCCCAUCUGAUCCUUUAAUCAUGACACCAACGAUUCAGGAGACGUUAUUAUUUCCUGCGAUGUGAGGUUGUCCUUGGCCCUUUAUGACUGGAACGUUGGACAAUCCGCCAGAAACGGUUGUUUUCCGGAACACAAACCCACAUUCCCCUUUUUUUUGCUCCUCCUGUCCCUGUGUCUGGCUGUCAAUCUUCUUCAGAACCAUCGUAUUCAUCUCACUAGGGGAAUAACGUCGACCGUAUCCGUUAUUUGGCUGCGAGAUCAACUCCCGUUUUCCCCGCUUGCUUUUUGAAGUUGAGGGGAUCAUGGCGAAGCAGCGAAACACAGCCAUGACAGCGGCAAGUGGAAUUAGCGGAGCGAGCCUCAAUGCUAUGAUCGCAACGCCUCCCGAGCUAAAUAGUUCCUUACUCAUGGGGGCUUUUCAAAAUAAUAAAAAUUAUGCUAGCAUGGAUGAUCUUUUGUGCUUUCUGUGGAUUUUCUAUUGGGGCAAAGGCGGGCCAGGGUCCUUGGGCAUCAUCGUCCGCGAUUCGUCCCCGCCUGUCUUUAUAAGUCAAUCGCUCCCACCCCUGAGGGAUAUCAUUAUCGGCUGCUAUUAUGAUAUGAUGGAUCUUGCACUUCUCUCCAACAUAUCUUGAUAUAGACUGACACUUGCGACACACAUUCAUCUUGCUCUCUCCUUGCUGGCUUCGGAUACUUCGCUUUAUCUUUCACCUUCGCACCUUUCAUAUAUACACACAAUCCGUACAUCUAUCUACCUAACGAUAAGAUGGCUACAUCACUCGAUCAAAGACUACCGUUCACAUACGACCUAGGUAACCAGUAUCAAAAUAUAAGAGGCAGUUCGCAACCUCCAAGCCGACAUACCAACAUGGCGAACGUACCAAGGAUAGAGUUAUAUUCACCACAGGAAUCCGUACCUCGGUGCUAUGCAACGGUUUCACCAUCCGCAAUCAGACAACCGCUCGAUGCUCCUGUCUCCAUCUUCUCAUCCGACUAUGAGAAAACGAUCAAGAAAUCCAAAUCAGACACCGGCAUGCGGAAAAGCUUCUGGUCGAAGCUGAAGAGAAACAAGAGUGGAAAUCAUCGCCAUUCCGACAUGCUCACAGCUUACACUAGAUCGGAUCCCCGACAGGCUAGGGCGAGCGGAAAACUCAUCUGGUCAAGCGAGCAUCAUAUAUGGAUGUUCCCGGACCCCGACACCAGCGGCGACGAGCAGCACAGUGCCCCAUGGCAGUUGUGGCCGACUCGGGAGAAUGGACGCAGACCUAGAUCUACCAUGACGACCCGACUCGCGAACGACAGUGACGAACUCCUCUUUGCGCAAAUACCUGGCCAUUACACCCUCAGCCCAUACGACUCUGUCAACAACGACGACCUUCUUCCAACUUAUACGGCCGGCAGAAACUUUGGUGAUGUGGCUACCCGAACGGGAACAGAAAGCCAGUGGACACUCGUGGCGACGAGGGUCAGUGGAUCUACUUCGGUGCGCUGAAUGCUAUUAAAGAAAAAAAGAGUGAUAUCUCAAUAUAUGCUUCGGCUUUUUCCUCCCUUCCUCAAGUGAAAAGUUUCAAUCUUAUAUCUAUCGCUGGAGCCCGGUUCAAGGAUUCUUUUCCAACUUUUUCUUCUGCCCUUUGAUGAGUACCUAUCUCCUUUCUCGAUGACGAGCUAUGACCCUUGCUAUAUCGGACUCGAUGUCUUUCGUUGAUUGGGCUUUGGCAAGGUCGUCAGUUGCAGUUGCUGGGCUAGAUUGCGCAUUUAUUACCAUCGUUAUAUUUCCAAAUUUCCACGCCUACUUUUUGGACUAUGAAGAAUGGCCAUUGGCAUGGAUUCCUAAAUCGUUAUUGCAUCUGGAAUCUGUUGAGCCUCCCUCUCGUUUUAAUCCGUUUAGAUACCCAUACACAUUUCUGUUCCUAUCCCGUUCAAUAAUAUACAUUAGUUUUGGUUGCAUAGAUACUGGUGGGCAUGGCGUUUUGACUUUUUUGAUAUGGAUUUUACAAUUCUUUUAGCUCCAUUUUCAGUAAAUGCUAGAUUUAUUUUUAUUUCAUUAUCUUAUAGAAAUUAUUAUAUUUCUUCUCAUCAUCUUGCUCUCAUCACUUUCUUCUCCACUCC